AAAAAAAAAAAAAAAAACCAACUUUCUCUCUCUCACACACACACACAGACACACUGUAUACUUAAAUUUCACACCUCUAUAUAUAUGAAAAAACAAACCCCUUAAAUGUAGGUGCAGCAUUUAAAUCAGUACUAUUAAUUGAGAGGCUGCACUGUAAUUAUUUCUGUAUUUAAUUUUGAGCUUACUAUGUAUUCAGUUCAGAAUGUGUAUCAAGUUGGAAAUCAGUUCUUCGAAAAUUACUCUCUUUGUCACAACAACAAUGAAAACCCAAUAAAUAACAAAAUAACAGCUAGCACUUCUGUAACUGCUCCAUCCUUUGUUGACCACACUGCUUCUCUUGCAAAAAAUGAUAUUCAUGGUGGUAAUCGAUUUCACACAAGUUUGCCAGUAGAAAACAAGAGACCUUUUAAAUGUAACAUAUGCCGUAAAGGGUUUUCACGGAAAGCUAAUUUAAGCAAUCAUGAAAAGGCUCCAAGUGAUGAAACUCAUUUUACAUGUGAUUUUUGCAUGAAAGCUUUCUCACAGCGUGCUGAGCUACGAAGUCAUGAACUUAUACAUAAAGGGAUAAAAUCUUUAGAGUGUCCCUACUGUGGAAGACGUUUUACUCACCAAGCCACUUUGAUUAAUCACACUCGAACUCAUACAGGAGAACGACCGUACAAAUGUGUUGUGUGUGAGCGUUGUUUUACGCAUCAAAGUACGCUGCGUAAUCAUAUGCGCACACACACUGGUGAGAGACCAUUUGUUUGUGUUAUUUGUUUACGAGCAUUUUCACAUCGAAGCACACUUAUUAACCACGAAAAAGUACAUACAGGAGAGAAAGCUUACCAGUGUUCUAUUUGUUCUAAGUUGUUUGCACACAAAACAACUCUUAAGAAUCACGAACAAAUACAUACGGGUAUAAAGCGACACAAAUGUAAUAUAUGUCAUAAAUUGUUUACCCAUAAGAGUACUCUACGCAAUCACCUGCACACACAUUCUGGGGAAAAACUCUUCAAAUGCUUGAUUUGUUUGAAACCAUUUGCUCAUAAAAGUACCCUUCGGAAUCACCAGCAAACACAUUUGGCUGCCGGCAUGCGUCGCACAUUUGCAAAAAAAGUAAAACCUUUUAACUGUGGCUUCUGUAACAAAGGGUUUUUAUUAGAAAGUUCUUUACGAAAUCACGAACAAAGUCAUCUUCACAAUCCUGCUCCUGAACCUCCAGUUGUUAAUCAAGCACCAACAAUGAUGAGCACACCUGUGAACCAGCAUAAUCAUCCAAAUCCUGAAAGAGAAGCUAAUUCGGAUCAGAUGUCACAACAAGUACCACACCAGGUACCAGCACAGUCUACAGUGUCACUAGAUCCCAAAGCAACUAAGGCGUUUGCCUGUGGUAUAUGUGGCAAGCUGUUUUCUCAACAGAGACAAAUGCUCAAUCAUGAGCAAACUCAUGCACAUGUACAAACGGAUGGGACAAAACUGAUGCGUAAUAGUGACAAACUAUUUCAAUGUGGGGUUUGUAUGCGAGUAUUUGCACAUCAAAGCACAUUACGUAAUCACAGCCGUAUACACACAGGUGAGAAACCAUAUCAGUGCCGCUAUUGCAUUCGGGCAUUUGCGCAUCAGAGUACGCUACGUAACCAUGAACGCAUACACACUGGGGAACGCCCUUACACUUGCGAUAUUUGUCAUCGCUGUUUCUCUCAUCAGACAACACUUAAUAACCAUAAACGAACUCAUAAAAAUGAAUCUAUUUCUCUUUGCCAAUUGUAGACUUCUGGUGCAGGGAAUGGAUGUUAAUGUUGUGAAGUAAUGAGUGUUUGUCACAUAAACAGAUUUGGGUUGAUACAAUUUGAUAGUGCAAUCUCAAAUCUCAGUUAGUCUUUCAGUUGUAUUGAUUACUUUGUUUCCUCAAUUUCCAUUCCACCUCUCUUACUCUCCACCCCACUCUCUCUCUCAUGAGUAAUGUUAUGAUUGUUCUCUUCUCUUUUCAAGUAUUCCUCUAAUUCUUUGCUGGAACAAGAAUAAAACCUUUAAAAAGUUUUUGGUUUAAAACUUUUUCAAAUGUU